CACCGCUCUACGGCAUGGAAGGAGAAAGCGACGCAAAGGGCAAACAGACGUACGUUGCCCCGCAUUACUUAAUUUGCAUGUUCAGUAUUCUCCUUUACUCCAGUUGUAAAAAGCUUCCGAAAUGCGUUGCACUCGACGAAUAUCCCCAGGGCAAGAAGUGCAUAACGCAAAAAAAGGUCCAUCUAUGAGAAUGGUGAUAGGAAUAGGCUAUUGAAUGCUUUGUAGCUUAACAAACGUUCACUAACUACAGCACCAAAGGU